AUGCAAGAGCCAUCAGUCAUUGAAUGCCUCUGCCAGACAUUAGGCUCGUUACUUUGUGACAGCAGGACGGCGGUGCACGCCACAGACGGGCUGGACUGGGAGGACAAAGAUGGUCCGGGGACCCUGGUGGGCAGCGUGGUUCACUCGAGGGUCCUCAACCCCCUGCGCCUGUUUGUGAAACCGCCCGCGGUCCCGAAGCCCGGGCACCUGGCCUACGCGGACAGCUUGGACAGCUUCUGGGACUGGCUGGCCAACAUCACGGAGGCCCAGGAGCCGUUGGCAAGAACUAAACGGAGGCCGAUCGUCAAAACGGGAAAAUUUAAGAAAAUGUUUGGCUGGGGUGACUUCCAUUCCAACAUUAAAACCGUGAAACUCAACCUGCUGAUCACGGGGAAGAUUGUUGACCACGGCAACGGGACCUUCAGUGUUUACUUCCGACACAACUCCACGGGCCUGGGCAACGUGUCGGUGAGCCUGGUGCCCCCCUCCAAGGUGGUGGAGUUCGAAGUGUCCCCGCAGUCCUCCCUGGAGACCAAGGAAUCCAAAGCUUUCAAUUGUCGCAUCGAGUACGAGAAAACAGACCGGGCGAAGAAGACGGCCCUGUGCAACUUCGACCCGUCCAAGAUCUGCUACCAGGAGCAGACGCAGAGCCACGUGUCCUGGCUGUGCUCCAAGCCCUUCAAGGUCAUCUGCAUUUACAUUGCCUUUUACAGCGUCGAUUACAAACUCGUGCAAAAGGUCUGCCCCGACUACAAUUACCACAGCGAGACCCCUUACCUGUCCUCUGGCUGAAUCCGUCCGCAGUGAUGGAAAG